AGGAAUUUACGUUAGAUAGCUAUGAGGAAUUACAGCUAUGUCUUAAAGAAGAGUUUUUAAUUCUUCCAAAGGUUUUUGCAAGUUUUGUUAACUUACCAAAUAUACAUAUUAAUAUGCAUCUUUUGAUGCAUGCUAAAACUUUUGGUACACUUGUCAAUUCUCAGGUUGGUAUAAAAGAGAUGGUUCAUCGUAUCUUUAAAGGAAUGGUACCAAAAACUAAUUGCAAAAAUAUAGACCUGGAUUUAUUAAAACGUUACAAUACUUUAUUUGCAAUUCGACAUUUAGCAGAUGGAGAAGAUAAAUAUUUAAUUGAGGAACAAAUUCAAAAUGAUGACGUAAAAGUUACUUCACCAGUAAAUUUUAUUUCCAAUAUUUCCUUAAAAAAAAGAAUGUCAAAGCAGGAACAUGAUAAACUUCUCUUGACUUUUCAUAAUUUUAAAAUUGAAUUGUUUUUAUCUUAUGUGGAUAUUAAGUUUGAUGUUGCACUUAUAAAUUCUUCAAUUAGUUGGUACAAAUUAGCAUCAUAUACAAUUGAAGAAAAAAAUGGUAUUCUUUCAAAAGUUCACCUACAUCUCGGUGAUUUCAUCACAAUUUAUGAAGAAGAUCAUGAAGAUUCUUAUGCAAUAAUCAAGGGUAUUUUUCAACAUAAGGGUAAUAAUGACAAAUAUUAUGCAUUUGUUGUUGUAGAUUGGUUUGAAGAUACUAUGGUUGAACAUUCAGUAUUAAAAUGUCCACUUUACCAUCUUCAAACAACAGGAGAUAAAUGGAGACGUAUUUUUCCAAUUACUGUAAUAGAUAAUUUUCAAAAAGUACACUUUAUUCAUAAUUGUAAUUCAGAAAGGUGCCAAUUACCAAAUCAUGAUACUACAAAUAGAAUUUGGAUAAAAAAUAAUUUUUAUUUUACAGCCAUAUAAUUAUAUUAAUUAUAUAAAUAUAAUAAAAUAAUUAUUUAAUUUGUAUCGUAUAAAAUUUUGGUUAAAAUUAACCAAUAAAA